AUGCAGCUCCGAACGCAAUAUCUGCUGCUGCUCUUCGUGUUCGGUAUAAUCGCCAAGGGCAUGGUAAAGUCUAGUUUCGGGUCAAACCUGGUCAUCCUGCUGCUUGUGUGCGUGGGCAUCUGCUACUGGUGCACCAAGCGGAACGAGAAGUGCGUGUACGAUGAGAUUGCUAUCCAGCAAGCCGAGGCUUCUGCUAAGCUGAAUGCUCUGCACGGGGUCGGCGACGGGAAAGUCACGGAGUUCAGUCUGGCAAUGCGCAGAACCUCUUUCAAGCUCAACGUGUCUGACACGGGCGUCAUCACGGACCGGAUUCGCAAGUAUUCAAGCAAAUUGGGCGGAUCUCGAAAAGAUCGCCAGAAGUUCCUGCGAAAGAACUCAAAGACAAAGACCGUGGAGAUUGACAUUAACGAUCCGGCCCAGGUAGAAAAAGUGGGAACUUCGAAGGCUCUGCUGACGAUGGAACCGUCGAAGCCUGACACCACGAUGAAUGGAAACAGCAAGACGAAGGUUGAGUCGAUCGUGGAGGAGGCUGUAGAUGCCACAUUGUAA